UGUGGGAGGCUUAGAGGAUGAGCUCAAGUGCAGUGUGUGUCAAGCCAACUUCACCUUCAAACGGACUCUGACCAAGCACAUGAGCACUGUCCAUGGUGAUCGUGUCAUGGUGAAGGAGGAAGAUGAGGCAGAGGUAAAGCCCUUCCAGAAUGAAAACUCAAUUGUGGAACAGCUUCAGGAGCAGCUGAAUGAGGGCUAUGCACCCAAGACAUCAGAGUUGUAUGAUGAGCCAAAACAAUCAGAAACACUGGAGAGCAAAUUUCCCACAAACCCCUUUAAAUGUGGAAUUUGUGAGGAGUCCUUCACUGAUGUGGAUGUCCUCUGUGACCACUAUACAAACUGUCACACUGGUGAACAGGAGGUUUACUGUGAUGUAUGUAGUGUUGGUUGUGCCACAGAACAGCAGCUGGAGCAACACAAGCAGCUGCAUCUGGUCGAAGAACAGCAGUCCAUCAUCCACACCAUGCCAACUGAGGAGUUCCCUUAUGUGUGUCAGAUCUGUGGCAAGAAUUUCAAGAAACACCAGGAGUGGGUCCGUCACCACAGAGUCCACACACAAGAAAAGAACUACAAGUGCGACUUGUGCAAUGCCAGCUUCCCCCUUAAGUCUGCCCUAGAUAAGCAUGUUCUUGUCCACACUGGUGAGCGACCUUUCAAGUGUGACAUCUGCCUGAAGAGUUUCCGCCAGAGUGCAGCAUUGGUGAGACACAAACUCUGGACCCACCGCUCAAGAACCAGAACAAAUGUGAGAUUUGUGGUAAAACCUUCUUCACCCCUGCACUGCUCAUGUAUCACUUGGACAGCCAUGGAGAUGCAGGUCAGAGGGUCAAGUCACGGCUUGCUGAGGUGCCAGAGGGCGAGGAGCAACAGUUGCUUGACCAAAACAUGGGUCAGGGAGUAG